GUUCCAGGCUCCCACGAGGACUCCCACGAGGUCUCUUACCAAGACGCAUGCUAGCACCCGUCCGUAGCCAUUUAUUUUGGCUUAAGCUUCCACGACUGGACGCAGGUCUUGAAGCAGGCGCGAGCGCCCCUCUGGCCUCUGUAAACCAGCCCCCCGCGCCGACACGAUGGGCUCCUGCAUGGAGGUCCCCAAGAAGGAGGAACAGGAGUCGUUCGACCCGGCGCGGUACACGGACCCCGCCAGCCUCUUCGACGCGCUCGCGUUCACCGUAGAGGGCCUCCACCCCGUGCGCUUGGUCCGCAUGUCGUGGCUGCUGCAGCAGCGCGGCACCGUCCUGAAGAGGCGCCAGGAGCUGCCGGAGGAGGCCUUCGUGUCCGCGGACGAGUUGCGGGCCGUCUGGGAGGCCGGCGGGCGAGGAGGGCAAGACCAGGUGGCGCCGAUCAUCACCAUCUCGUUCUGCUGGGACUCGCGCGAACACCCCGACCCCAAGAGGUUGCAGCUGAAUUUGGUGAUAGACACUCUAGAGAAGGAGCGCCUCAAGUACUCCACAGCCAGAGGUGACUUCAAGGGGUUCAGCGAGAUGGGGAUUUUUUGGGACUGGCCCUCGCUACUGCAGGGCGACCCGAUCAAGGCCGAGGAGGCGAGGGCCGCCGCCCUGCGGCAGGGCAAGACCGAGAAGGACGCGCAGGAGGCCGCGGACAAGGCCAAGCGGACCCCCGCCGAGAAAGCCGCCUUCAAGCACGGGCUGGAGGAGACAAUGGACCUCUGGUACGCCCACCAGGCCACCACUGUGCUCCUGCUCACCCAGCACCCCCGCGAGCGGGGCAGCGCGCGCGAGUGGGGCUGCGACCAGUCCGGCUGGACGACGUACGAGCGCUGCUCCGCGGAGCAGAUCAAGCAGGUCAGGCGCUGGGAGGCAAAGUGGACCGCCGUGGCCGACCUGGGGCAGGGGGCGCGGGCGAAGGCGGCCGGGAGGAGGUGGCCGGUGGGCCCGGACGAGUUCGACCGGCUCAUCGAAUACAGGUCCUUCACCAACGGCGCGGACAAGGAGGCGGUGAAGGCGCUCUUCCGCCGGAUGAGCCGCGCGCAGUUGGGCGGCGUGACGACGCUGGACUUCACCAGGAUGCCACCCCCGACCCCCGAGCAGGCCGCGGGGCUCGCAGGCUGCUUGCGGCUGUGCGCCCGCCUGCAGAAGCUGGACCUGCAAGGAUGCCAGAUCGGCGCCGAGGGCGCGCGGGCCCUGGCGGGGGCGCUGCCCUCCCUGCCCGGCCUGCAGGAGCUGCGCCUGGGCGGCAACAGAGGUCCCGCACGAGAUUCGAUCCGGGUCGGUUUGAUUCGGCGAAUCGCAUCGCCGCGAAUGCCGAUUCGAUGCUGGAGGCCCCCUGCCACGAUCCGGUUCGCGAUUCGAUUCGGUUGCCGAGCGAUUCGAUUGCGAUCCGGUGCAAAGCGGGCGACGAUCCGGUUCGCGAUUCGAUUUGGAUCCGGCUGACCCGACGCCCGUUUGCUGCGCGAGAGGCCGCCAGGCUAAAGAAAAGGAGGUGGAAGGGGAGGAGGUGGACAGCGAGCUGUCCGGACCGGGGGGUCCGGGGCCGGACCGGGGGC